CCUCGCUGUCACAUUCAACAAUUGCGCCCGUCCACCAUUUCCCUGGAUCAACGAGUGUUCCCUCUCUUGUUUAACAAAGAUCGUCGCUCUCUUUUUGUUUUGCUCCUCGAAUUGUCUCUACGCUAUUCCCUCCACUUCUUCACCAUAACACGCAACAGAAGUCCGUGAGCACGCGACUGCCCCAUCGUCUCGUUAGUACUGCACAAAGCGGCCACCCAAGUACACGAUGCCCGAAGUCGAAGGCGGCGCGGUGCCAAAUCAAAGCAAGGGAUCGUGGUCUUCAUUUCUUAAGUCGAUUGCCUCUUUCAAUGGCGACUUGUCCUCGCUAACCGCCCCGGCCUUCAUCCUCUCUACCCAAUCCCUCGUCGAAUUUUCUGCAUACUGGGCUGAAAACACGUCGCUAUUCAUCGCGCCGACUCAAGAGAAGGAUCCUGCCAGGCGCGCUUUACUGGUACUGAAGUGGUUGCUCAACACUCUCAAACAACAAUACUGCUCGCGUUCAGAGAAACUUGGCUCGGAGAAGAAGCCACUCAACCCAUUCCUAGGCGAGCUGUUCCUGGGGAAAUGGGACGACGAAUUCGGCGAGACGACGCUGGUCUCGGAGCAAGUCAGCCACCACCCUCCAGUCACAGCCUACUGCAUUACCAACGAGAGGCAUCGCAUACGGCUGCAGGGCUACAACGGUCAGAAAGCCAGUUUUAGUCGAACUAUCCAAGUCAAACAGAUUGGACAUGCUCUCUUGACCCUGCAUCCUCCCAACAGUGACCAUGCCGAGACCUACCUCAUCACUCUGCCUGCUCUGCACAUAGAGAGUCUCAUCUACGGAGCACCCUUUGUCGAGUUGAGUAAAUUCAUACAUAUCGCUUCGAGCAGUGGAUAUGUCGCCAAAAUCGAUUUUACUGGCAAGGGCUGGCUAUCUGGGAAGAAGAACAGCUUCACAGCGUCGUUGUGGAAAGAAGGCGAAGGCUCAGAGAAAAACCCCCUCUACACAGCGGACGGGCAAUGGUCGGACUCGUUUACAAUAAGAGAGGGCGACAGCAAGAAGGGUAGAGAGAUCGAAACCUUCAAGCCAUCGAACAUCAAACUGUCCAAACUGAACGUCGCCCCUAUAGAGGAGCAAGAUGUCUUUGAGAGUAGAAGAGCGUGGUCACGGGUCGCCCAAAGCAUCGAGAAGGGUGAAAUGGAGGCUGCCUCGCACUACAAGUCCAGAAUCGAGAAUGCCCAGCGAGCGUUGCGCAAGAAGGAGCAAGAAGAAAAGCGAGAUUGGGAACGGAUGUUUUUCGUCCAAGCGGAUCCAAAGGAUAGAUUUGAAAAGACGUUCGAGGACCUGGUAAAGGUGGUGACCAGCUUUGGUGUCUAUAGCUGGGAAGGCGUCGUGCCCGAUAAAACAGCUGGAAUAUGGAGGUAUAGCGAGGAGAAGGCUGCCAGGGCCCAAAAGCCCUUCCACAAGGAGGGACUGUUGGCUCUUGGGGAGAACGCAGAUGGAACCUCUGCGCCGGUGAGCAGGGUCCCGACAAACCAAAGCGGGAACCCGGCGAACUGAGUCGAUGUUAAAGGCAAGUAACAGGAGCGUCAACAGGAGCUCUGGGAGCAGCAGGGAAGGACAGUCAUGAUUUGGGCGAUCUGGGCAGUAUUACUAGCGUUCUCGUGAGACAUAAACUGGUAAGGACAUGUCCCUGCCCUUGGUAAUCAAAACUUCUGAGGCGCGUCUUCUGUCUCUUCCACGUGUCGCAGAUAUGAUCCCAC